CGUGACUAAAUAGUUUGCUCUUCUAUUCGCCAAUCGUCUUUGACUCCGUCGUCUAUGGUACGCUAAUCGCGUAGGACUUAUAUAAUAAUAAUAUUAUUUUUAUUAUAAAUAUAAAUAUAAAUUUAAACGGUUUUGAGCCAAAUAAAUGGCGAUCAUCUUGCAGUGGCCUCGGGUGUUCUUAGUGAUGGCGCUGUUCCUGUGGCUGCAGUCCAUGGUGGAAGCCGCUAAUUACCGACUGUUGGUGUUACACACCAACGACAUGCACUCGCGGUUCGAUCAGAUUGACGAGACGGGUGGCGCGGAAUGCACAUCGACCGGCCGACCGUGUUACGGCGGUUUCGCGCGGCUCAAGACGGCCGUCGACCAGGAGCGCCGAAACGCCGAUGCCGACGGCGCGCUGUUCCUCAACGCCGGCGACACAUUUCAGGGCACGGCGUACUACACGCUCCUCAAGUGGCACGCCGUCGAGCGCAUGAUCGGGACGCUUGGCAUCGACGUCAUGUGUUUAGGAAAUCACGAAUUCGACGACGGCGUGGAAGAUGUUGCAUCGUACAUACGAAACAUAACUAUCCCAGUAGUGGCUAGUAAUGUAGAUCUAACCGACGAACCAUCAUUAGCCAGUCAGCCGAAUUUGAUGAAAUCUAAAGUUUUGACUGUAAAUGGUCGUAAAAUUGGAGUUAUCGGAUACUUGACACCAGAGACAUCGGUUAUAACACGAGUGGGUAACGUGAAAAUUUUGCCGGAAAUUCCAUCGAUUGUAGCUGAGGCAAAACGUCUGAAAAACGAUGGUGUGGACAUUCUCAUAGCGCUUGGACAUUCCGGUUUAGAAAUUGAUACACAGAUAGCCAGAGACGUCGAAAACAUCGAUUUGGUGAUUGGUGGACAUUCACAUUCAUUUUUGUACACAGGAAAUCCACCAGACAUUGAUAAACCAGUUGGUCCUUAUCCUAUUUGGGUGGAACAACCAAACACCAACAGGAAGGUACCCGUCGUCCAUGCAUAUUAUGCCACAAAAUAUUUGGGUAAAUUGUGGAUGGAGUUUGAUGAAGCCGGUGAAGUUGUCAGAAGUUAUGGGAAUCCGAUCUUAUUGGAUUCCAAAAUCGAACAAGAUCCCAAAGUAUCGAAUGAAGUAAAAGUCAUGAGAAAAGUGAUUGAGGAGAAAACCAAUCAAGUGAUUGGUUCGACAAGUGUAUUCUUAGAAGGUAGCAAUGAAUACUGUAGGUUCAGAGAAUGUAACCUGGGAAAUUUCAUAACGGACUCUUUUGUAGAUUACAAUAUUCGAAAUAAUAUCAAAUCGUUUGAUUUGAACAAUUACUGGACCGACGCCCCUAUAGCAUUGUUACAAGCUGGAGGUAUACGGACAAAUAUGAACAGCAUGAACAAAAGAGGUAACAUCACUUUCGGCGAUUUGCUGUCGUCGCUGCCAUUUCAAGAUGAUAUAGGUAAAAUUACGACUAAGGGUUCAGAUAUUUGGACAGCUUUUGAGUAUUCCGUUCGACGGUACAGUACAAUGGUGGCUAACGGUGAAUUUCUUCAAGUGUCAGGAUUAAAGGUCGUAAUAGACUUUGGUCAGCCCAGUGGCAAGCGUGUGCAAUCCAUUUACGCGAGGUGUGGGAAUUGCGCCGUGCCGGUAUAUGAGAAAUUGAAUUUAACCACAAAUUACACUAUAAUCAUAAGUAAUUAUCUGGCAGAAGGUGGAGAUGGCUUCUCGUUCCAAAAAGUGGUUAAAUACGAGAGUUUUAGAAAAACAGAUUUGAGCAUUGUGGAAGAAGAGUUUCAUGCAAAGUCACCAAUACGGCCGGAAGUAGGUCAACGGAUAGUGCUGCUCGGAAUGGAUGAGUUGAUCAAGAAGCAAACAACCAACAAAGAUAGCCAAACUGCUUUGGCAUGCUUGUCAGAUUUGACAAUAUUACUGUUAGCGUUUGUCGUGUUUGGUGUAUUCGACUAUUGGCUCGCUUACGAAAGAUAAUGAUCGAGCCAUAUUAUUCUUAACCUUUUCAUUAGUUUUUUUUCUAUUAAUUUCUCAUCUAUACAGAAAAAAACUGUUACUAUUAUUAUUAAAAUGAAAAUUCAUGGUUUUGAUAUUUUUUUAAGUAUUAAUUUAAAUAUUUUAUACAAUUUGCUCGACAAUAAUAAAUAUUAU